AUGAUUUCUAUUAAAAACGAUAAUGAGAAUAUUAAUAAAAACAGAAAUACUCAUGCUUUAAAUAAAUUCCAAAAUGACUCAAGUAAAAGAAGAAAACACCAGGCUCAAGAUUUAAUAGACUUUUUGAACACAACACCGCCAAGUGAAAAAACUACUUUUCCUGACUCUCUUAAAGAUCAUCCAGAUUCAAAUAAUACAAGUGGCAAAAAAACCAACGCUUCCGCUUUGGUCAAUAGACAAAGAGCUAAAUAUAUUAAAAUAGAAAUUCCACCUCUUCCUGUUAAAGAUACUAGCGGACAAACCAGCUUUGAUCAGCUUGGUGUUCAAAGUAAAUAUGUACCUAAAGCGAUAUCAACAAGUAGUUUACCAUACGAUCCAAAUAAUCCAAACAAUACAAACACUGUCAAUGAAUUAUCUUCUUCCUCUUCAUUGGAAGAAAAAAUUGAAAAUAGAACUGAUGAAAUGUUAUAUGAGUCAUUUUUUCGAGGACGUAGGCUUAUUGGCAAAAAAAUUAAUUUAGAACAAAAUAAUUACGAAGGACAUAUAUUUAAAGAAUCUUCAAUGAUCACGUCAGCAACAAGUUCAGAAAUGGAAUUGGAAGAAGAGAAAGAACAAGAAAUUGUGGUAGAGAAAACAAGAAAUUGGGAAACGGUCAAGAAAUUUGAUUCAUUUCUGGUAUGGCAACAUAAUGAAAUUCCCAAAACUUCUAAUGAUCAAAUAAUCAAAUCUUUAGAAUGGAUAAAGAUUGCGAAUAUUGUAAGUACCGUUUAA